AAAACGUGAAAGCUUCUUCGCGGCAGUCACAGGCUCUGUGCUGCCGAUACAGAGAGAGAGAGAGGGAGAGAGAGAGACGGAGGGAGAGAGAGAUGGGUAAUCCGAAGCAAAAAUGGACGGUGGAGGAAGAAGAAGCUCUGAGAGCGGGGGUUAGGAAACACGGCACUGGCAAGUGGAAGGACAUCCAGAAGGACCCCGAGUUCAACCCCUUCCUCUCCUCUCGCUCCAAUAUUGAUCUCAAGGACAAAUGGAGGAAUAUGACUGUUAGUGGCACGGGUCCCCGGGAAAAAUCAAGGCCAAAAACAAGAACAAACCAAGAUGUUACUGUUGCUCCAGUGUCUGUUCCCCAGACUUCUGCUGCUGCUCCAGUUAGAUGCGAUUCACCAGCAGCAGCAGCUCCAGUUAGACGUGAUUCACCAGCAGCAGCUCCAGGCGGACGUGAUUCACCAGCAGCAACUCCAGUCAGACGUGAUGCACCAGCGGCAACUCCAGUCAGACACGAUGCACCAACAGAAACUCCAGUCAGACGUGAUACAACUCCUGUUGCGGAUGAUUCGGCUACCGGCUUAUCUGAUGCAAUUCCUGCACCAGUGUGCAAUGCAAUGAUUUUUGAAGCUCUUUCAGCCUCAACAGAUCCAAAUGGAUUGGACACUAGUGCUAUUGCUAGCUAUAUUGAGCAAAGGAUUGAGGUCCCCCAAAAUUUUAGAAGGUCAUUAACAGGUAGGUUGAGAAGGCUGGUUCUGCAAGACAAACUUGAAAAGAUUCAAAACUGCUACAAGGUGAAAACCGAUUCCUUGAGUGUUAGUAGUGAUAUGUUAGAGGAAUCAGCGCGGGCUGCUGCACAUAGCAUUGCCGAAGCAGAAUACAGAUCAUAUUUGGCAGCAGAGCAAAUGAAAGAGGCAGAGAGGAUUAAUUUUAUGGCUGAAAACACAGAAUCAAUGAUGCAGUUGGCUAACGAGAUUUUGGAGCAAUGUUCAGAAGGUGAAGUCCUGAUGGUGGCGUGAGAUAUGAAUCAUGUGACUAGAGCUUGUAAAGUUUCUUCGCUAUACUUCCUUUCGCUACUGAGGUGCAACUGAAGCGAAAUUAUCUUUCGCUCUUUUUGCUAAUAAUAGUGUUAUACAACCUCUUCAGACUGGACCUGGUGUCUGGUGAUAUGGAGAAUUGUUUUUGAAUUAUCUGUCUAUCAAAGAUCACACGCUCUUAUAUUUUUUUGGUUGGAAAAUGUCACUGGUUUAGUCAUGUAGUUUUAUGAUUACGUCUAUUGAUUAAGCUACAGCUUUACACUCAUUAAA